GCCGUCCCCUCCCUCGCCGGCCCGGCCCCGCACGGCCCCGCACGGCACGGGGGUUGCCAUGACAAGCGUUUUCUCCCGUUAGCUCCGGGACCGCUCCCCCUCCAUCCCAUGGCCAGUCGCGGGGGCUCCGCCGCCAGCCGGGCGCCGUGGGACCGGAGCCGCUCCAGUUGCUGUGGUAUCCAGGGAGCCCUCCUCCUCCUCCUCCUCCUCCUCCUCCUCCUCCCGCUGCAGGAGCUGCACGCCGGGCGUUGCUAAGGUCGCCUCCGCGGUAACAUGCACAUCCUGUUUACACCUUCAUCCCGACAAGUUGGGCUCGGCUAGAGCCGCCCGUUCCCCCCGGGAAGCGCCCAGGGAAGCCCCCAGGGAAGGGGCCACACGGAGCAUCCUCCCCCCGGAGCCGCCGGAGCCGCCGGAGCCGCCGGAGCCGCGAGCGAGGCCGCGCCGGGAGCGCCGCGCCGGGGGCACCGGCACCGCGACAAGAUGACGAACAACGUGGCCGACCACCACCCCGGCAACUCGGUGGCCGAGGGCAGCCAUGAGGGGGACUUUGGGUGCUCCUUGGUGGAGCUCAGGAACCUCAUGGAGCUCAGGAGCGCCGAGGCCGUGGCCCGGAUCAACGACUCCUAUGGAGGCGUCCAGAACGUCUGCAAGAGGUUGAAGACGUCGCCGGUUGAAGGCCUGUCUGGGAACCCCACGGACCUGGAGAAGCGGCGCCAGACCUUUGGGCAGAACUUCAUCCCCCCCAAGAAGGCCAAGACGUUCCUGCAGCUGGUGUGGGAGGCGCUGCAGGACGUGACGCUGAUCAUCCUGGAGAUCGCCGCCAUCAUCUCGCUGGGGCUGUCCUUCUACCACCCCCCGGGCGGGGACAACGAGCUGUGCGGGCAGUCCACGGGCGGCGUGGAGGACGAGGGCGAGUCGCAGGCGGGCUGGAUCGAGGGCGCUGCCAUCCUGUUCUCCGUCAUCAUCGUGGUGCUGGUGACGGCCUUCAACGACUGGAGCAAGGAGAAGCAGUUCCGGGGCCUCCAGAGCCGCAUCGAGCAGGAGCAGAAGUUCACGGUGAUCCGCAAGGGCCAGGUGAUCCAGAUCCCCGUGGCCGAGAUCGUGGUGGGCGACAUCGCCCAGAUCAAGUACGGUGAUCUCCUGCCAGCGGACGGGAUCCUGAUCCAGGGCAAUGACCUGAAGAUAGAUGAGAGCUCGCUGACUGGGGAGUCAGACCAGGUGAAGAAAUCCAUGGAUAAAGACCCCAUGCUGCUGUCAGGUACCCACGUGAUGGAGGGCUCGGGCAGGAUGGUGGUGACUGCCGUGGGCAUCAACUCCCAGACUGGGAUCAUCUUCACCCUCCUGGGAGCAGGAGGAGAGGGGGACGAGGAGAAGAAGGUGAAGAAAGGUAAAAAAGGUGGAGCCCCCGAAAACCGCAACAAAGCUAAAACUCAGGAUGGUGUGGCCUUAGAGAUCCAGCCCCUGAAGAGCCAGGAGGGGGUGGAGAACGAGGAGAAGGAGAAGAAGAAGGCGAAGGUGCCCAAGAAGGAGAAGUCGGUGCUGCAGGGGAAGCUCACGCGCCUGGCGGUGCAGAUCGGGAAGGCAGGGCUGAUCAUGUCGGCCAUCACCGUCAUCAUCCUGGUGCUCUACUUCGUCAUCGACACCUUUGGGGUGCAGAAGCGGCCCUGGCUGGCCGAGUGCACCCCCAUCUACAUCCAGUACUUCGUCAAGUUCUUCAUCAUCGGCGUCACCGUGCUGGUGGUGGCCGUGCCCGAGGGGCUCCCGCUGGCCGUCACCAUCUCGCUGGCCUACUCUGUCAAGAAAAUGAUGAAGGACAACAACCUGGUGAGGCACCUGGACGCCUGCGAGACCAUGGGCAACGCCACGGCCAUCUGCUCGGACAAGACGGGCACGCUGACCAUGAACCGCAUGACCGUGGUGCAGGCCUACGUGGGGGACACCCACUACCGCCAGAUCCCCGACCCCGAGGCCAUCCUGCCCAAAACCCUGGACCUCAUCGUCCACGGCGUGGCCAUCAACUCUGCCUACACCUCCAAGAUCCUGCCACCAGAGAAGGAAGGGGGGCUGCCCCGCCAGGUGGGCAACAAGACCGAGUGUGCCCUGCUGGGCUUCGUGCUGGACCUGAAGCAGGACUACCAGGCUGUGCGCAACGAGGUGCCCGAGGAGAAGCUCUACAAGGUCUACACCUUCAACUCGGUGCGCAAGUCCAUGAGCACCGUGCUGAGGAACAGCGGCGGCGGCUUCCGCAUGUACAGCAAGGGCGCCUCCGAGAUCAUCCUGCGCAAGUGCACCAAGAUCCUGGACAAGAACGGCGAGCCGCGCGUGUUCAAGGUGAAGGACAGGGACGAGAUGGUGAAGAAGGUGAUCGAGCCCAUGGCCUGCCACGGGCUCAGGACCAUCUGCCUGGCAUUCCGGGACUUCCCUGCGGGUGCAGAGCCCGACUGGGACAACGAGAGUGAGAUCCUGUCUGACCUGACCUGCAUCGCUGUGGUGGGGAUUGAGGAUCCCGUGCGGCCCGAGGUGCCCGAUGCCAUCCUGAAGUGCCAGCGCGCUGGCAUCACCGUCCGCAUGGUGACAGGGGACAACAUCAACACUGCCCGUGCCAUCGCCACCAAGUGUGGCAUCCUGCUGCCCGGGGAGGACUUCCUGUGCCUCGAGGGGAAGGAGUUCAACCGCCUGAUCCGCAACGAGAAGGGAGAGGUGGAGCAGGAGCAGCUGGACAAGAUCUGGCCCAAGCUGCGGGUGCUGGCGCGCUCCUCGCCCACGGACAAGCACACCCUGGUGAAAGGAAUCAUCGACAGCACCGUGGGUGACCAGAGGCAGGUGGUGGCUGUGACAGGGGACGGCACCAACGAUGGCCCAGCCCUGAAGAAAGCAGAUGUUGGGUUUGCCAUGGGCAUCGCGGGCACGGACGUGGCCAAGGAGGCCUCGGACAUCAUCCUGACCGACGACAACUUCACCAGCAUCGUCAAGGCCGUCAUGUGGGGCCGCAACGUCUACGACAGCAUCUCCAAGUUCCUGCAGUUCCAGCUCACCGUCAACGUGGUGGCCGUCAUCGUGGCCUUCACCGGGGCCUGCAUCACCCAGGACUCGCCCCUGAAGGCCGUGCAGAUGCUGUGGGUGAACCUGAUCAUGGACACGUUCGCCUCGCUGGCGCUGGCCACGGAGCCGCCGUCGGAGUCGCUGCUGCUGCGCAAACCCUACGGGCGCAACAAGCCGCUCAUCUCCCGCACCAUGAUGAAAAACAUCCUGGGCCACGCCGUCUACCAGCUCACCAUCAUCUUCACCCUGCUCUUCGCAGGGGAGAAGUUUUUCGACAUCGACAGCGGCCGGAACGCGCCCCUGCACUCUCCCCCCACCGAGCACUACACCAUCGUCUUCAACACCUUCGUGAUGAUGCAGCUCUUCAACGAGAUCAACGCGCGCAAGAUCCACGGCGAGAGGAACGUCUUCGAGGGCAUCUACCGCAACCCCAUCUUCUGCUCCGUGGUGCUGGGCACCUUCUUCGCCCAGAUCAUCAUCGUGGAGUUUGGUGGGAAGCCCUUCAGCUGCUCUGGGCUCACCCUGACCCAGUGGUUCUGGUGCAUUUUCAUCGGAGUGGGAGAGCUCCUGUGGGGCCAGCUGAUCUGCACCGUGCCAACGAGCCACCUGAAGUUCCUGAAGGAGGCUGGGCACGGCAUCACCAAGGAGGAGAUCCCUGAGGAGGAGCUGCCCGAGGACGUGGACGAGAUCGACCACGCGGAGAUGGAGCUGCGGCGGGGACAGAUCCUGUGGUUCCGGGGCCUCAACAGGAUCCAGACCCAGAUGGACGUAGUUUACACAUUCCAGACCGGCGCCUCCUCUUUGCAGGGAGCCCUCAGGAGACAGCCUUCCAUCGUGAGCCAGCACCACGAUAUCAAAGUGGUGAAUGCGUUCCGUAGCUCGCUCUACGAAGGCCUCGAGAAACCCGAAUCCAGAAGCUCCAUCCAUAACUUCAUGACUCACCCAGAGUUCAUCCUGGAGGAAGACGAGCCUCGGACACCAUUCCUUGACGGCGCCGAAGACGAGCCCGAGCCUGAGGGACUCCAAAAGCGAGGUGGGGGCGGCCUGGGGGGCUCCACGGCCCUCAACAGGAACAACAACGCCGUGGACAGCGAGUUCAGCUUCCCCGAGCCCGGGAGCCCCUUCCACAGCCUGGAGACCUCUGUUUGACCUUAGAACUUGGAAUUUCCCCCUCCUCCUCCUCCUCCUCUUCUUCCUCGUCCUCAUCCACCUGGGCCCUGUGUGAUCCCAGCACCAGUAACUGAUCACACUGCUGCGGUCAAACUGCUCAUGCCUGUAUCUUCAUUGAGGGGUUUUUUGGGGGUGGGGUUGGGGGUUUCAUGUGGUUUUUUUUUUCUUUUUUUGGUUCAUUUCGUUGGGUUUUUUUACCGUUAUUUAGCAGUGGGAACCAGAGUACCACCAAGCUGGGUGUUGGGAGAGAGGUUAAGCCAAAAAAAACAAAAAACAAAAAACCAAAAAAAAGAAAACAAACCAAUUGUGCAUCUCCAUCCCUGAUUUUCCGUGGUACUCACCCAGGGGAAGCUGCCAGGUUCUUUCCUCUCCAAGAGUUGGGUUUUUCACUUGGGGUUUUCACUUUGGAGAAAUGCAUGUUCCAAGGAAAUUCAAAUUGUUGUAGUCUUACACUCCCUCAGCCUCAAGGCUGGGGGUGCACUUGUGACUUGAUUUUAUUUUUCUUGUGUUUUUGGAUUUUUUUUUUUCCACAUGUGGUUUUUAGGGGUUUUUUCCUUCUAAUGUUGGGGUUUGCUCUUUGCUUGUGGGAUUUGCCCCCCUACCCAAUGGGAAGUGGGGAGGGGGAGUCACUGCUCCAGUGCAGAAAUUAAGGAAUAAACUCAAAAAUCCCAGCCAGGGGAAGGUGUUUACUGCAAGGUUCAGAGAUCCAGGGUUCCCACCAGUCUUCCACCUUUGAAAAAUGGUACCUGGGCUUCUUCCAGCUCCCCCUCCGUGUGUGCCCACACGUUUUCCUCUCUCUGUUUCCACACUGGGAGAUGAGAAAUGAAGGGAUAAAUUCUGAUUUUCCUGCAAAGGUGGAGGUGAAACUUCCAGGGAAAAAGUGGGGAGAACCCCCAGGUUGUGAGGGAUGCAGCUUCUUCCCGAGGAAUUCUCUAGGAAUUCUCUUCUCCUCCUCCAGGAGAGGCCUCUCUGCUGCUCUUGGUCAGGGGGGAAACUCCUGGAGGAUUUUUGCAGCUCUCCCAGCUCCUGCCCUCCAGAACAGAGGGAUUUUUGCCCUUUUUUCUGUGUUUUUGGGGUCCAGCACCCCUCAGCCUCACAGGGAUCUGGGAGGAGGCUCCAGCCAUGCCCAAAAGCCAUGGGAGGAUGAGUGGGGAUCUCCUGAAUCCUGGGAAGGAUCACCCCAGCUGUCCCACGGCCCAGUGGAAGGCAGGGAUGUCCUUGGAUGAUCCCACAUUUUCCUGCAGUUUGGUUUGGAUUGCUGCAGGUCUCCCUGAGGAGGAGGCUUGGCCUCACUUGGCUGCUUCUUUUGGAGCCCUUGAGCCCUUCCUCGCCUCCAGGCCUGGGGACAACCCUGUGAGAGUUCAUUUCCUUGGAAUUGGCUCUGGAUUGUCCUUCUGGCCAUCCCUGGAGCUUGGGGAAGCUCUGCCACCUCCCUGCUCUCCUCCAUCCCCUCCCCUUGAUCCCUUCCUCACCUCCAGCCCUGGGAACAACCCAGUGAGAGUCCCUUUCCUUGGAGAUGGCUCUGGAUUGUCCCUCUGGCCAUCCCUGGAGCUUGGGGAAGCUCUGCCACCUCCCUGCUCUCCUCCAUCUCCUUCUCCUUGAGCCCUUCCUCACCUCCACCCCUGGAAUAACCCAGUGAGAGUCCCUUUCCUUGGAGAUGGCUCUGGAUUGUCCCUCUGGACAUCCCAAAGCUGGAAGCAGGACUUGGGAUUCUCCUCCUCCUGGGAGCCACCUCCAUGCUCUCCUCCAUCCCUUCCCCUUCCUCACCUCCAGCCCUGGGAACAACCCAGUGAGAGUUCAUUUCCUUGGAACUGGCUCUGGAUUGUCCCUGGAGUUGGAAGCAAGGCUUGGGCUUCUCCUCCUCCUGAGAGCCUCCUCCCUCCAUCUCCCUGAGCCCUUCCUCACCUCCAGGCCUGGGGACAACCCUGUGAGAGUUCAUUUCCUUGGAGGUGGCUCUGGAUUGUCCCUCUGGCCAUCCCUGGAGCUUGGGGAAGCUCUGCCACCUCCCUGCUCUCCUCCAUCUCCUUCCCUUUGAUCCCUUCCUCACCUCCAGCCCUGGGAACAACCCAACAAGAGUCCCUUUCCUUGGAAUUGGCUCUGGAUUGUCCCUCUGGACAUCCCAAAGCUGGAAGCAGGACUUGGGAUUCUCCUCCUCCUGGGAGCCUCCUCCCUGCUCUCCUCCAUCCCCUCCCCUUGAUCCCUGCCUCACCUCCAGGCCUGGGGACAACCCAGUGAGAGUUCAUUUCCUUGGAAUGGGCUCUGGAUUGUCCCUGGAGUUGGAAGCAAGGCUUGGGCUUCUCCUCCUCCUGGGAGUCUCCUCCAUGCCCUCCCUUUGAGCCCUCAACACCUCCAGCCCUGGGAACAGCCCAGUGAGGGUCCCUGUCCUUGGAAUGGGCUCUGGAUUGUCCCUCUGGCCAUCCCUGGAGCUUGGGGAAGCUCUGCCACCUCCCUGCUCUCCUCCAUCCCCUCUCCUUGAUCCCUUCCUCACCUCCAGCCCUGGGAACAGCCCAGUGAGAGUCCCUGUCCUUAGAACUGGCUCUGGAUUGUCCCUCUGACCAUCCCUGGCUUCUCCUCCCCUUGGGAGCCUCCCUGCUCUCCUCCAUCCCCUCCGGCUGAAGGAAGCAGACCAAACAAGCUGGAAACGAGGCCAUUCCCACCCCUGGAUUCCAAACCCUGAAGGGUUUUUUGUUGUUGUUGUUGUUGUGUUUUUGGGAAAGGCUGGUUCUGGCUGGGUUCUCCUCCCCUGCCCCACCAGGAACGCACAGCGGAAUCUCCGGUGCCUUGUCCGAGCACUGCCUGCAGCACCUCCUGCCACGCCAGGCCCAGAUCUUUGCCAAGAUUUAAGUGUUCCUUAAACCACAAACACAAACCAAGUGUCUCUGUGUCCUUCCCUGGGCUGGGAGGAGGAGGAGGAAGAGGAGGAGGAGGAGGAGGAGGGAAGGAUGAGCUCCUUUUUCUUGCUGAGGAAAGGUCUUUAUCCCAAAAAUCCCAAAUAUCCUGAAUAUCCCACCCUGGUGCUGGCGAGCUGGGCUUUGUUCACUGCCAACAGCAAGAAGAAAUUGCCACCACUGCCCGUCCCCAGUGCAAAUUCAGUGUCCACCCCAUGCCUGGCUCCUCCUUGCCUCCCUCCCCACAAAAAAAAUAACCCAGGGGAGUGAGGGGAUGUUGGGUUAAACACACACAAAAGAAAUCCCCAAACGAGGGGUGGUUGUGGGGUUUUGGUUCUGUGCUAAAGGUGACGUUGCUUAAAAAAAAAAACCUAAAAAAAAAAAUUCACUUUUUCUAUUUUAAAUACUUGCAAAAAAAACCAAAAAAAAAAAACAAAAAAAGAGAAGAUAUGGUGUUCUUACAAGCUUACAUAAAUAUUUAUUAAAUACUUUUUUGGGGGGAUGCACCAAUUUUUUUUUUUUUUCAUUUUGAUAUUUUUUUUAAUACCUCAGACCUGUUGAAAAAAAAUAAAAAAAAAAAAAAGGACUCAAACCAACAACAACUUCAAGCCAAUUUUGGAGGCUCUCAAAGUCACUCCCAGAAAUCUGUGACUGGCAGGGUUUGCCACAAAGGGUCUGGUCGUUCCUUUAGUUUGUUUUUCCUCUAUUUUUGUCGUUCUAGUUUCCAUUUUAGGAGUUGGGGGGGGGGAGGGAGAAAUAAUGCUAUAUAAAUAUUAUGCAAAAAAAGAAAAAAAAGAAAAAAAAAAGAAAAAGAAAAAAAAUCUAGUUUUCUUUAGCUCAGAAACUGAUAUUUUUACGUCAGCCAUAUGUAUUUUGUUUAAAGAAAAAAAAGAAAAUAAAGAGAUCUCGAGUCCCCGCCGCUGCUUGAGGGCAGUUGCAAGGGACACUUUAAUUAAUUCCGUGGAUUAAUUAAUUCAGCCAUCGGAUGCCAGUCAGCUUCCUUUUCUCUGAGCAGCCAUCUUUCUACUAGCCGUGAGUUGGAUGACACAAAUGGGGUUUUUUUAUAUAUAUAUAUAAAUAUCUAUAAAUUAUGUUGGUGUAUGGCUGGUUGCUUCAAGUAUAAAUGUUUCUUGUGCAGAUUUCCUGUAAAGUUUUGUUUUUUUGGGUUAAGUUUCAGUGAUAUCCUGGCAGCAGCUGACUCUUGGCUUAAGUUAUUGAGGACAUUACACAAAAAAAAAAAAGAAAAAAAGAGAUUUGGGGGAGAUUGGUGCUCCAAAAACAAAGGCAUGGUCGGCGGCACGGACUUUUGGGGACUUUCUGCAACAUGCCUUGACUAGGGGGAGAUAUAAAUAUCCAUAUAAAUAUAUAUUAUUAUGAAUAAUUUCUGGGGUUUUUUUGCUUUGUUUGAACUGCCACGAGUGCGCGCGGAGCAGGGGAGGGCCGGCAGGAAGCAGAGCCACCCCCUCCCUCCUCCUUGUGAUCAACUUGCCUUGGAAUGCUUUGUUAUUAAAACACUCUGAACAUCCUUCUGCAUCCAGUUCUUGAUCCCAGCAGGGCGGAUUUGCGGAUUUUCCGUGGAUUUUCUGUGGAUUUUCCGUGGAAUUGGCGGAUUGGUACCAAAGACACCGCGGCCUGUGCGCGGCUCGCUGGCCAGGCAGCUCUUGAGGUUUUCUCCUGCUGAGGUUUUUUUAUGAUUUGCACAGGGAGAAGGGUGUGGGGAGGGGGUUUAAUUUCUUUUCUUUCUUUCUUUUUUUUUAUUUUUUCCCAAAGGUUUUCCGUGCAAUAAAGUGAAAUUUUCCAAGCGAUCUCAAGAAGGAAAUAAACUAAACCGCGUUUGAGCAUGGGCGCCAUUUUCCCCCUCACGCCUGGGCCUGGAGGCCUCAGCUCCUCUCUGAGGGGAAAAAAACCUAAACUGGGAAAAAAUCCCAUCCCAAAUGCCCAAAGGGCAUCUCCAGGUGCCACUGCCAGCUCCUGGCACCUCUGGCACCACCUGAGAAGGUUUUUGUCCUUCUUUGGGACACCUGGGCCUGCAUGGCUCCAUCUCCAACCCCCUGAGCCCAAAACGCCUCCUACACCCCCAAAUCUCCCCUGGAGCCCCUUCUCCUUUUCCUUUUCCUUUUCCUUCUCCUUUUCCUGCUCUUUUUCCAUCCAAACAGGAAUUUUUUCUCCCCCAAACAGGGAUUUUGACAUUUCUUCCUCUCCAGCAUCCCCCCCCUCACCUUGACUCAGCUCUCCCCAAACUCCUCAAUUUUCAUGGUUAAAACCCAUGGUUAAAACUGCCUUUAGUUUAUUUCCUCCCCUUCAAUAAAUAUAUAUAUAUAUACAGUCUGAACUCAACAUUUAUGUGUGUGUAUAUAUAUUUAUCCAACGCUCUCACAAAACAAAACAAUUUCUUUUGAAGAGGGCACGUGGAACCGAGUUUUUCUUUUUCUUUUUUUUUUUUUUUCCAGUAACUCAGUAUAAUAAGCACUGGUAUUUUUGUAUAAAAAAACAGGAGAGAGAAAAAAGAAAAAAAAAACCAAAAUACAAAACAAAAGACUGAAUAUUAUGUGGUAUGCAUGACAUUAAAAAACAAAACAAUGGUGGUUUCAAAGCAAUAUGUACCCUGGUGUGUUUGCCAUAUCCUAGAGUCCAGCUUAAAGUGCACCUGAUCUGUAUUGCAUUUUGAUAUUAAUCUCUAUGUACAAUGUUUUGCAUGUAAUUUAUAUGGAUCUUGGGAGAAAAAGAAAAAAAAAGAAUCUGAAUGAUUUGUCCGUUGGCUUCUUCUGAGAAAACAAACUCCAAGCAGAGCUAAAAGUCCAAAAUGGAAGCAGCAGAGUGCUUGAGGGGUGGGAAAAUGGGUGCAGUAAGAAAAAAAAGAAAUGAAGAGGGAGAAGGGGAAUGGUUUGGAAUCAAUAAAGCUUUUGGCUGUUGAGAAGAAAUUGCAUCCAGAGAAUAAAAUGUGUAACUGUGCCGUG